GCCAGCAGAGACCAGCCGAGUAAUGCGCGCUGCGAGCGCGAGGGUAUUUACGUCCAUCGGCUUCUUCUGUGAAGGAGAGACACAAAGCAAUGAAGCAGGAGGGAGAGCGGGCAGAGAGAGCAGAGCAGGCAGCCUCGAUCAAGCCCUCAGGUCCGCCAUCGAAACCACCAGCUCUGUACGCGAACCACCGCUGCAACGCGUUCCAGAAGCCCCUAGGCCGUACGGUCCUCUCAUGCAGGAGCUCGAGCCCGUCCCCGGCAUGGCGGGGCGGCUGUUUGGCGCCGGCGCCAACGGCGGCUCCUCGGCGACGGCGCAGCAUGGGGUCGCCGAGGUUCCGUGCCCGCGGUGCGGCUCGCCCAACACCAAGUUCUGCUACUACAACAACUACAACCUCGCGCAGCCGCGCCACUUCUGCAAGGCCUGCCGCCGCUACUGGACCAAGGGCGGCCACCUCCGUAACGUCCCCGUCGGCGGCGGCUGCCGCAAGCACAAGCCCAAGCGCCCCGCUGCCGCUGCCGUCGACGGCUCGGAAAGGAACGGAAAGAUCCCACGCUCUGGCUGCGCCGGCGCCGCCGCCGCCGGCGACGCGCCGGUGUCGAGCGCGUUCUCUGUUGUGACCGAACCGAGCGGCGUCAGCAGCAGCGUCGCGGAGGUUGGCGCCGGCGCCGGCAGAUGCGCGGCCGGCGACUUGCGGACGCUGCUCGUACCCCCUCCGGCGCCGGUGUUUGCCGACCAGGCGGCCGUAUUCGCGUCGCUCUUCGCGACGCCGCGGCCUCUCCCGGCCUUCAGUUCCUCUGCUUAUCCCAUGGCCGAGGAGCGCGUUGCCAGCUCCCUUGCGGAGCAGCAGUCGCCGGAGUCCGAUGCGGCCGCCGCAGGCACAGCGCCGUUCUCCGGCUCCGCACCACCGGAUGGUGCGCUUGCGGCUGGAGCAUCCAACUGACCGACGGCAGCGUCCGGAGCGGGGGUAUUCGAGCUAGCGGGAGGCAUCGCCGGCGACGCGUCGCUGCCGGAGUACUGGAACCCGGGGAGCUGGACGACGGACCCGGACCCGACCAUCUAUCUGCCGUAGCGUGUCACUGAUCACAUAAUUGGUUCAUUCUUGUACUAAAAAACCCUGGUCCAAGUCCAACAAACACCAUUCCUUUCCAACAUAAAUCCUCUCAAUAUAUAUGGAUUGGGGGAUUAUCUGUCCUUAAAGAUACAUGCUAAUAAUGAGCUGGUUACACAAAACAAGCUUUUGUUCAGUUGAUAGUCUUUCGACUUC